UCACCAUCCGCGACCCCAAUCAGUCCCAAUCCCCUCCGAGCUUCUUUCCUUCUUUGUUCAACACCGUAGGCCGCGCACUCAUCAAAAGAAGAGUCGACGAUAAGCAGUGGAGCCGCUGAAGGGCGAAUCGGAGCCGCAUCAACGGGCGUUUCCAAUGAUUGGCUAUUGGGCGACAUUCCGGGAUGAUGAGGCGUAUGGCGACUGGUCAUACGCUGUCAUGGGGCGUGCUGGGAGGCACACCGUUCAAGCGCACGAGAGUGGACAAAUACUCUCUGUUACCUCCCUUCCUUCUUUCCAACAAAUACCAGCCCUCUCUUGUUAUCCAGCUGGCCUAGACGCAGGCUCUUGUUCUGAUCUUCUUGCCCUCCUGAAAGAAUUUCACGCACCUCGAUUCUUACAUGCAAUCCUCGGGAUGCGUGCGCAAUUCCGGCGUGGAUUACACGUGUGUUAGCUGUCAGUGGCUGAGGGGGAAAGUGGGUUGGGACCACGGGGGCGAAGAUGACGUCGCGGAGAGACUCCUAGGAACAGGCUGUGAGAGGUUUUCUUUCCCUUCCGCGCGUCUCCGUUCCUUUCCUCGAGUUUACUUCUUAUCUCCCUCACGUCCUCGUAAGUCGUUCUAUGCUGCCACUCAGGAUGAAGCGCGGCGGCCUGCACAAUAA